CCUCUCCCGCUUUUGAGAGAAAAUCCUGAUCCCCAGCUCGCUCAACUUCUUCCCCAAAUUUAAACUCAAUCCACCAUCGUGAAGCUCGCCCUUUCUCCUUGUUCCCAUCGAAACCCUAACCCUACUCUCUCCAAAACCUCCUCCAAUGUCUCCCCUCCCUCACUCCCCUCUCAACGAUGGCCAGCCCUAACUCCAAAACCCUAACCCUAAAACCCUCGGUCUCCACCUCCUUCACCGAAGAGCGCCUCCGCGAAUACAAUCGCCGCCGCCAAGCAUCCUCCUCCUCGAACCCCUACCUCUACCUCCGUAGCCUAGGCCUCAGCCCUGGCCGUGAGAUCUUCGCCUCCUCCGCUCGAACCUCGGCCUCCUCCGUCCUUCUCAUGAUCCAGGAGUGGGCCCCGUCCUGCCUCCUCCUUCUUCAUUGUUUUGAAAUCACAGUAGUUUCUCUCUCUCUCUUUUUGCGGCGGAUUCAGAUGAAUCUAGGGGUUUCAGGCAACAUUACCUCAAUCAGGAUCUUCGAGGCAACAAUUACUUUCAACUUUCUAUAUCUUUAUAUCUUCAUUGUCCUAUUGAAGUGCAUGAUCAUGAUCCAUGCGUUAUGUAGGAGAUAUGUUAGGAUGGCUCCUUCAGUUGAUUUAUCCCCACCAUCAGCAGCAAGGGAAGGUGUUUCUUUGCUGCUUGAGCUUAUUGAUACCUAUGAUGGCAUGAUGGUUCAUGCAUCUAGGAAGAAGCCUGACUUUGAUCCUGUGAUUGCUGCUUUACUGGAUCCUAUAAUUCAGGCAUGCAUGAUGGUUGGGCUGAAGGGAAUCGUUCCAAGAAGGUGAAAAGCGAAGAUACAUGCAAUCAUUCUGACAAAGGCGAGGAAGAUGUUGAAGAGGAAGAGGCAAGGAAGAAUAGGCUUGGGCUUAAUAAGAAGAGUGGUGAUGAUGAUGAGUUGAUUGCAAAGGGAAAAUCCUAUGUGAAUUUGUGUAAAUAAUUGAUGUAAAAGUUUGUAAACAAUUUUUUUUCUAGUAAAAAUAUUGAAUGUAUUAUUGGAAUAUAAUU